AUGAACAACAACAAAAGUAUAAACGAUUUAAGUGGUAAUAGCAACAACAACAUUGCAAACAGUAAUAUUAAUAAUUAUAAUAAUUUAAUUAAAAAGGAACCAAUUGCAAUUAUUGGAAUUGGUUGCAGAUUCCCAGGAAACGUUUCAAAUUAUUCCGAUUUUGUUAAUAUAAUUAAAAAUGGUAGUGAUUGUUUAACUAAAAUUCCAGAUGAUAGAUGGAAUGCUGAUAUAAUUUCAAGAAAACAAUGGAAAUUAAAUAAUAGAAUUGGCGGUUAUUUAAAGAAUAUCGAUCAAUUUGAUAAUCAAUUUUUUGGAAUCUCACCAAAAGAAGCUCAACAUAUUGAUCCACAACAAAGAUUAUUAUUACAUCUUGCAAUUGAAACAUUAGAAGAUGGAAAAAUUAGUUUAGAUGAAAUUAAAGGUAAAAAAGUUGGAGUUUUUAUUGGAUCAUCAAGUGGAGAUUAUUUGAGAGGAUUUGAUUCAAGUGAAAUUAAUCAAUUCACAACACCAGGAACCAAUUCAUCAUUUUUAAGUAAUAGAUUAUCCUAUUUUUUAGAUGUUAAUGGACCAAGUAUGACAGUGAAUACAGCAUGUUCAGCAUCAAUGGUAGCAAUUCAUUUAGGAUUACAAUCACUAUGGAAUGGUGAAAGUGAAUUGUCAAUGGUUGGUGGAGUGAAUAUUAUUAGCUCACCGCUACAAUCGUUGGAUUUCGGUAAAGCAGGUUUACUAAAUCAAGAGACCGAUGGCAGGUGCUACUCUUUUGAUCCACGUGCAUCUGGAUAUGUUAGAUCCGAAGGUGGAGGAAUACUACUAUUGAAGCCUUUAUCCGCUGCCCUCAGAGACAAUGAUGAAAUCUAUUCAUUACUUUUAAACUCUGCAAACAACUCCAAUGGUAAAACACCAACUGGUAUCACCUCACCAAGAUCACUAUGUCAAGAGAAAUUGAUUCAACAAUUACUAAGAGAAUCGUCAGACCAAUUUAGUAUUGACGAUAUUGGCUAUUUCGAAUGUCAUGGUACAGGCACACAAAUGGGUGACCUCAAUGAAAUCACAGCAAUUGGUAAAUCGAUUGGUAUGUUAAAAUCUCACGAUGAUCCAUUGAUCAUUGGUAGUGUGAAAGCCUCGAUUGGCCAUCUUGAGGGUGCAAGUGGUAUUUGUGGUGUCAUUAAAUCAAUCAUUUGUUUAAAAGAGAAAAUCUUACCACAACAAUGUAAAUUCUCUUCUUAUAAUCCAAAAAUACCAUUUGAAACUUUAAAUUUAAAAGUUUUAACAAAAACCCAACCUUGGAAUAAUUCAAAAAGAAUUUGUGGUGUAAAUUCAUUUGGUGUUGGUGGUUCAAAUUCAAGUUUAUUUUUAUCAUCAUUUGAUAAAUCAACAACAAUAACAGAACCAACAACAACAACAACAAUUGAAUCAUUACCAUCAUCGUCAUCAUCUUUUGAUAAUUUAUCAGUAUCAAGUUCAAUAUCAACAAAUAAUGAUAAUGAUAAAGUUAGCAAUAUUGUUAACAAUAGAUAUGGCAGUAGUAUUGAUGUUAUUACGUUAUCAGUUACAUCACCAGAUAAAGAAGAUUUAAAGAUUAGAGCAAAUGAUGUUUUAGAAUCAAUUAAAACUUUAGAUGAUAAUUUUAAAAUUAGAGAUAUUUCAAAUUUAACAAAUAUUAGAACAAGUCAUUUUUCAAAUAGAGUUGCCAUCAUUGGUGAUUCAAUCGAUUCAAUUAAAUUAAAUUUACAAUCAUUUAUUAAGGGUGAAAAUAAUAAUAAUAAAUCAAUAAUAUUACCUUUAAUUAAUAAUGGUAAUAAUAAUAAUAAUAAUAAUAAUAAUAGUAGUGGUAGUAGUAGUAGUAGUAGUAAUAAUAAUAAUAUUUGUUUUAUAUUUUCAGGUCAAGGUCAACAAUGGAAUAAAAUGAUAUUCGAUUUAUAUGAAAAUAAUAAAACAUUUAAAAAUGAAAUGAAUAAUUUUAGUAAACAAUUUGAAAUGAUUUCAGGUUGGUCAAUUAUUGAUAAAUUAUAUAAUAGUGGUGGUGGUGGUAAUGAAGAAUUAAUUAAUGAAACUUGGUUAGCACAACCAUCAAUUGUUGCAGUUCAAUAUUCAUUAAUUAAAUUAUUUUCAAAAGAUAUUGGUAUUGAAGGUUCAAUUGUGUUGGGACAUAGUUUAGGUGAAUUGAUGGCAGCUUAUUAUUGUGGUAUCAUUAAUGAUUUCAAUGAUCUAUUGAAAUUGUUAUAUAUUAGAUCAACACUUCAAAAUAAAACCAAUGGUAGUGGAAGAAUGCAUGUUUGUUUAUCUUCAAAAGCAGAGAUUGAACAAUUGAUCUCUCAAUUAGGAUUCAAUGGUAGAAUCGUAAUUUGUGGUAAUAACACCAUGAAAUCAUGUACAAUCUCUGGUGAUAAUGAAUCAAUGAAUCAAUUCACAAAGUUAAUAUCAUCACAACAGUAUGGUUCGGUGGUGCAUAAAGAGGUUCGUACAAAUUCAGCAUUUCAUUCUCAUCAAAUGGAUAUUAUCAAAGAUGAAUUCUUUAAAUUGUUUAAUCAAUACUUUCCAACCAACCAAAUCAGUACAAAUCAAAUCUACGAUGGUAAAUCAUUUUAUUCAACUUGUUAUGGUAAAUAUUUAACACCGAUUGAAUGUAAACAAUUAUUAUCAUCACCAAAUUAUUGGUGGAAAAAUAUCAGAGAAUCAGUAUUAUUCAAAGAAUCAAUUGAACAAAUCUUACAAAAUCAUCAACAAUCUUUAACAUUUAUUGAAAUUACUUGUCAUCCAAUUUUAAAUUAUUUUUUAAGUCAAUUAUUAAAAUCAUCAAGUAAAUCAAACACAUUACUUUUAUCAACACUUUCAAAGAAUUCAAAUUCAAUUGAUCAAUUAUUAAUAUUAUGUUCAAAAUUAUAUGUUAAUAAUUUAUCAUCAAUUAAAUGGAAUUGGUUUUAUGAUAAACAACAACAACAGCAAUCAGAAAGUUUAGUAUCAUCAAAUUUUAAAUUACCAGGUAGAAGAUGGAAACUUGAAAAAUAUUGGAUUGAAAAUUGUCAAAGACAAAUGGAUAGAAUUAAACCACCAAUGUUUAUAUCAUUAGAUAGAAAGUUAUUCUCUGUUACACCAUCAUUUGAAGUUAGAUUAAAUCAAGAUAGAUUUCAAUAUUUAAAUGAUCAUCAAAUUCAAGAUAUUCCAUUGGUACCAUUUUCAUUCUAUAUUGAAUUGGUUUAUGCUUCAAUAUUUAAUUCAAUCUCAACUACCACCACCAACACCACAGCAUCAACAAUGUUUGAAAUUGAAAAUUUUACAAUUGAUAGUUCAAUUAUAAUUGAUCAAAAGAAAUCAACUUUAAUUGGUAUUAAUUUUAAUUCUGAUUUAACUAAAUUUGAAAUUGGUAGUAUUAAUAGCAUUGGUAGUGGUAGUAGUAGUAAUAAUAAUUUUAUUGAAAAUAAAUGGAAAAUUCAUUCAAAUGGUAUAAUUAAAUAUGGUACAAAUUAUUUAAAAUCAAAUUCAAAAUCAAAUUCAUUUAAUGAAUCAACAACAACAACAACAACAACAACAACAACAACAAAAUGUUUUAAAUCAUUUAAUUCAAAUGAAUUUUAUAAUGAAAUUAUUAAAUAUAAUUAUAAUUACAAGAGUACUUUUCAAUGUGUUAAAGAGUUUAAACAAUUUGAUAAACAAGGUACAUUCUAUUAUUCAGAGAUUCAAUUCAAAAAGAAUGAUAAACAAGUCAUUGAUCAAUUAUUAUCAAAACAAUUACCAAGUGAUUUUAGAUGUAUUCAUCCAUGUUUAUUAGAUGCAGUUUUACAAUCUGCUAUCAUACCAGCAACAAAUAAAACUAAUUGUAGUUGGAUACCAAUUAAAAUUGGUAAAUUAUCUGUAAAUAUACCUUCAAAUUCAUAUUUUAAUUUUAAAGAUCAAUUAUUAUAUUGUUUAAUUAAACCAUCAACAUCAACAUCAACAUCACCAUCAACAUACUUUUCAUCUGAUAUUCAAGUAUUUGAUAAAAAGAAUAAUAAUUUAAUUUGUGAAUUAACAAAUUUAGAAUUUAAAGGUAUUAAUUCAUCAUCAUCAUCAUCAUCAUCAUCAUCUACAAUAAAUUCAAAUGUUGAAGCUAAUUAUGAAUCAAAAAUUGAAGAAACUAAUCAUGAUGAGGAUGAGGAUGAAGAAUUACCAUUAGUUUCAGAAUAUGUUUGGUGUAAAGAAGAAUUAAUUAAUCAAUCAAUUAAAUUUACAGAUAAUUAUCAAACUGUUAUUUUCUGUUCAACAAAUUUAAAUGGUAAUGAUUUAUUAGAUAGUAUUAUAACAAGUGCAUUAGAGAAUGGUCAUGAUGAGAAUAAGAUAUUCAUUGUUUCACCACCACCAGUCGAAUCGGAUCAAUAUAAUAAUCGUAUCAUUAUAAAUUAUACAAAUAAUGAAUCUGAUUUCGAUGCUUUAUUCGCAAUCAUUAAUUCAACAACUUCAAUCAGUGGAAAGAGUGGUUUAUUUUCAACACGUUUUAUCAUUUUACCAAAUUUUAAUUCAAUUACUUUUUCAAGUGGUAAUUCAACUCCAUUAAUAACUAAUGUCAAUGGUAAUGGUAAUGGUAAGAGUUGUGGUGGUGGUGGUGGUAGUACAAAUAACACAAUUUCAAAUUCAUCAUCAUCAAUAUCAAGUAUUGAUAAUGGUAAUAAUGAAGAUGAAGAAAUGGUAUUAAAAUCAUUUAAUGAUUCAAAUUUAUCAUUAUUCCAUUUACAAAAAUCAAUUAUUAAAAAUAAUAUUAAAGGUAGAUUAUUUUUAAUUACAAAUGGUGGUCAAUCAAUUUCAAGCUCAACUCCAACCUCAACAUAUAAUGAUCAAUCAUAUGUUAAUCUAUCACAAUAUCAAUUAAUUGGUCAAAUUAGAGUAUUUUCAAAUGAAUAUCCAAUUAUGGAAUGUUCAAUGAUUGAUAUUCAAGAUUCAACUAGAAUUGAUUUAAUUACUGAUCAAUUAAAUUCAACAAAGUUAUCAAAACUUGAAAUUGCAUUUAGAGAUAAUAUUGGUUAUAGUUAUAAAUUAUUAAAACCAUCAAUUUUUGAUAAUUCUUCAUUGCCAUCAUCAUCAUCAGAAAUAGAAACAACAGCAACAACAAAAGAUGAAGAAAAAAAUAAUUCAAUAAAUUAUAAUAAUAAUUAUUAUAGAGUUGAAUUAUCUGAUAAUGGUAUAAUUUCAGAUUUAAAGAUUAAACAAUUUAGACAAAUGAAAUGUGGUGUUGGUCAAGUUUUAGUUAGAGUUGAAAUGUGUACUUUAAAUUUUAGAGAUAUUCUUAAAUCAUUAGGUCGUGAUUAUGAUCCAAUUCAUUUAAAUUCAAUGGGUGAUGAAUUCUCUGGUAAAGUCAUUGAAAUUGGUGAAGGUGUUAAUAAUUUAUCAGUUGGUCAAUAUGUUUUUGGUAUAAAUAUGUCAAAAUCAAUGGGUAGUUUUGUUUGUUGUAAUUCUGAUUUAGUAUUUCCAAUUCCAAUUCCAACUCCAUCAUCAUCAUCAUCAUCAAAUGAAAAUAUUGAUGAUCAAGAAAUUAUUUCAAAAUUAUUAAAUCAAUAUUGUACAAUACCAAUUGUAUUUUUAACAUCAUGGUAUAGUAUUGUAAUUCAAGGUAGAUUAAAAAAAGGUGAGAAAAUUUUAAUACAUUCAGGAUGUGGUGGUGUUGGUUUAGCAACUAUUCAAAUUUCAAUGAUGAUUGGUGCUGAAAUUCAUGUUACAGUUGGUUCAAAUGAAAAGAAACAAUAUUUAAUCAAAGAGUUUGGCAUUGAUGAGAAGAGAAUCUAUUCAUCAAGAUCAUUGCAAUUCUAUAAUGAUUUAAUGGUGAAUACUGAUGGUCAAGGUGUUGAUAUGGUUUUAAAUUCAUUGUCUGGUGAAUAUUUAGAGAAAUCAAUUCAAUGUUUAUCCCAGUAUGGUAGAUUCAUUGAAAUUGGUAAAAAAGAUAUUUACUCGAAUUCAAGUAUUCAUUUAGAACCAUUUAAAAAUAAUUUAUCAUUUUUCGCAGUUGAUAUUGCACAAAUGACAGAAAAUCGUAGAGAUUAUCUAAGAGAGAUAAUGAUCGAUCAGCUAUUACCAUGUUUUAAAAAUGGUUCUUUGAAACCAUUGAAUCAACAUUGUUUCAAUUCACCUUGUGAUCUUGUUAAAGCCAUUAGAUUCAUGUCAUCCGGUAAUCAUAUUGGUAAAAUCUUAAUCAAUUGGUCCAAUUUAAAUAAUGAUAAACAAUUCAUUAAUCAUCAUUCAGUUGUUCAUUUACCAAUUCAAUCAUUUUCUAAUAGAUCAACUUAUAUUUUCACUGGUUUUGGUGGUUUAACUCAAACAUUAUUAAAAUAUUUUUCAACAGAAUCUGAUUUAACAAAUGUUAUAAUAGUUAGUAAAAAUGGUUUAGAUGAUAAUAGUGGUAGUGGUAGUGGUAAUAAUGAAAAAUUAAAAUUAAUUAAUCAAUUAAAAGAAUCUGGUUUAAAUGUAUUGGUUGAAAAAUGUGAUUUGUCAUCAAUUAAACAAGUUUAUAAAUUAUUUAACAAGAUUUUUGAUAAUGAUGCUAGUGGUAGUGAUAGUGGUGAUUUUAGUGAUAUUAAAGGUAUUUUCCAUUUUGCAUCAUUGAUUAAUGAUAAAAGAAUUUUAAAACAUAAUUUAGAAUCAUUUAAUUAUGUUUAUAAUAGUAAGGCUACUAGUGCUUGGAAUUUACAUCAAGUUUCAUUAAAAUAUAAUUUAAAUUUGGAUCAUUUCCAAACUAUUGGUUCAGUCAUUACAAUUCUUGGUAAUAUUGGUCAAAGCAAUUACACUUGUGCAAAUAGAUUCGUUGAAGGUUUAACUCAUUUACGUAUUGGUAUGGGUUUGAAAUCAAGUUGUAUUCAUUUAGCUUCUAUACCUGAUGUUGGUAUGGCUUCAAAUGAUAAUGUUUUAAAUGAUUUAAAUUCAAUGGGUUUUGUGCCAUUCCAAUCACUCAAUGAAAUGAAUUUAGGUUUUAAGAAAUUAUUAUCAUCACCAAAUCCAAUCGUUGUACUUGGUGAAAUUAAUGUUGAUAGAUUCAUUGAAGCAACUCCAAACUUUAGAGCAAAAGAUAAUUUCAUUAUUACUUCAUUAUUUAAUCGUAUUGAUCCUUUACUAUUAGUAAAUGAAAGUCAAGAUUUUAUUAUUAAUAAUAAUAUUAAUAAUAAUGGUGGUGGCGGCGAUGGUAGUUUUGAUGAUUUAAAUCAAUUAGAAGAUGAAGGACAACAAGGAUUUGGUAAUGGUGAUGGUUAUGUUGAUGAUAAUAUUGAUAGUGUUUCAAUGCUAUCUGGAACAUCAUCUAUUUUUGAUAAUGAUUUCUAUACUAAAUCAAUUAGAGGUAUGCUUUGUGAUAUUUUAGAAUUAAAAGAUAAAGAUUUAAAUAAUACAGUAUCAUUUAGUGACUAUGGUUUAGAUUCAUUACUAUCAAGUGAAUUAUCAAACACAAUUCAAAAGAAUUUCAGUAUAUUAAUUCCAAGUUUAACUUUAGUUGAUAAUUCAACCAUUAAUUCAACUGUUGAAUUAAUUAAAAAUAAAUUAAAGAAUUCAACAACUUCUUCAAUUUCUUCAAGUGUAUCUAAAAAAGUUUCAUUUAAAAAAAAUACUCAACCAUUAAUUAUACCAACAACAGCACCAAUAUCAAUAAUUAAAACACAAAGUUAUAUCAAAUCUGAAAUUAUUGAAUCAUUACCAAUUAGUAGUAGUACAACUAUUAAACCAUUGGUAUUUGAUAAUUUAGUUUAUAGUAGUAGUAGUAGUAAUAAUAGUAAUUCUAAAAAUGAAUUAACAUCACCACCACCAAGUGCAAAGAGAGAAUCAGUUUUACCAAUAAUAUCAGAAGAUAAUAAUAGUGAUAACGAUUCGUCAAUGGCAACAGUAAUUUAUGAAAUUUCACCAAUUGCUGCACCAUAUCAUAGAUAUCAAACUGAUGUAUUAAAAGAGAUUACACAAUUAACACCACAUAAAGAGUUUAUUGAUAAUAUUUAUAAGAAAUCAAAGAUUAGAUCAAGAUAUUGUUUCAAUGAUUUCUCUGAGAAAUCAAUGGCUGAUAUUAAUAAAUUGGAUGCAGGUGAAAGAGUUGCACUCUUUAGAGAACAAACUUAUCAAACAGUUAUCAAUGCAGGUAAAACAGUGAUAGAGAGAGCUGGUAUUGAUCCAAUGUUAAUUAGUCAUGUCGUUGGUGUCACUAGUACUGGUAUUAUGGCACCCUCUUUCGAUGUGGUACUCAUUGAUAAAUUGGGUCUAUCAAUUAAUACUAGUAGAACUAUGAUCAAUUUCAUGGGUUGUGGUGCCGCUGUCAAUUCAAUGAGAGCUGCCACUGCUUAUGCUAAAUUAAAACCUGGUACUUUUGUAUUGGUGGUUGCAGUGGAGGCAUCGGCAACCUGUAUGAAAUUCAAUUUCGAUAGUCGUAGUGAUCUAUUAUCACAAGCUAUCUUUACCGAUGGUUGUGUAGCUACGUUGGUAACUUGUCAACCAAAAUCAUCAUUAGUUGGUAAAUUGGAAAUCAUCGAUGACUUGUCCUAUUUAAUGCCAGAUUCAAGAGACGCUUUAAAUCUAUUCAUUGGUCCAACUGGUAUUGAUUUAGAUUUACGUCCUGAAUUACCAAUUGCAAUCAAUAGACAUAUCAAUAGUGCUAUUACAAGUUGGUUGAAAAAGAAUUCACUUCAAAAGAGUGAUAUCGAAUUCUUUGCUACUCAUCCUGGUGGUGCUAAAAUCAUUUCUGCCGUUCAUGAAGGGUUAGGUUUAUCACCAGAAGAUCUAUCAGAUUCUUAUGAAGUUAUGAAAAGAUAUGGUAAUAUGAUAGGUGUUUCAACUUAUUAUGUUUUACGUAGAAUUUUAGAUAAAAAUCAAACAUUACUUCAAGAAGGUUCUUUAGGUUAUAAUUAUGGUAUGGCUAUGGCCUUUUCACCUGGUGCUUCAAUUGAAGCAAUUUUAUUUAAAUUAAUUAAAUAA